AUGGCAUCGCCGGAGCAAUGCGGAGCGACCUUGUCCUUGCAGAGUAACGUUGAUCGAUGGUUUCAUGACGCCCAAUGCCUUGAGCGGGAACUUGGCCAUGCUGCCGCGCUGCCUCCGACGAGGUUGCGUGCCGUGGCGUUGGACAUGACGCCAGACCGCCUGGCACAUGUGGUACGCAGCCACGUGACUGGAGCCUUCCUCGUGAUGACCGUGUUGGGCCUGCUUGUCCGGAGGACGAUUUCAAUUGCCACAAGAUUUGCCCCAAUGUCUUGCGAACACAAGACAAGUGCAUCAGAGGACUGUAGAGGACUAUACGACCUAUCGUUCUGA